AAUGUCAAAUAGUAUUGCUUCUUUUUUCGCUGUCUGCAUAUUUUUCCAGUAAUUAAUUAGUAAAAAAGUCUUUGUAAACAAUAGUAAAGCAGUUAUUGCUAAUAUUAGCAAUUAAGUUCAAUUUCUAAAAUUGAUUUUACAUUAUUUGUGAUGUGUAGAAAUUGAAAAGUUCGAGAUUUUUAAACAAAAAACAUGCUCCGACGCGAGCAACGCCUUCGGUGAAUAGCAGCGGAGGAGCAGCGCCUAAGCCCCACAGUUAACCCAACCCAAAAGAAAAAAUUCUUGAAACUUCGUUGGGGUAUAAACGCCAUAGAUUUAUGUAAAGCAAAAAUAAAAACAGUAAAAGUGCAAGAAAAAAUUAUUUCUUAAGAAUAUAGUUGUACAGCAGAAAGCAAUUAAAGAAAUUAAGCACUUAUCGAAUUUAAGUAACACACACAAACACACAACAAAAUGGAUGCAGAUAAGAAUAGUCAUGAAACAAAAGUCAUCUAUCACAUUGAUGACGAGACUACCCCUUAUUUGGUGAAAAUUCCCAUACCCUCAGCGCAAGUGACAUUAAAGGACUUCAAAAUGGUGCUCAAUAAACAAAACAACAACUACAAAUAUUUCUUCAAAUCAAUGGAUGCGGAUUUUGGUGUUGUAAAAGAAGAGAUUGCAGAUGACUCCACCAUACUACCAUGUUUUAAUGGACGUGUAGUUUCUUGGCUGGUUUCAGCUGAUGGUACAAAUCAAUCUGAUAACUGCUCCGAGUUGCCGGCCAGUGAGUGCGAGGUACGUCCAAAUAUGCGUGGUGCUCAACAGCAGAAAAUCGGCAGCGGCGGAGUUGCUGGUAUGAUGGGAGUAGGCAUGUCCGCUAUGGGUGUUGGAGGUGGUGGAGGCGGUGUUGUCGGCGUGGGUAUAGCGAACACGGGUGUAAUAACAAAUCCGAUGAUGCAGCAUCCUCUUACAUAUCAGUCUGCUUCGGUGCUGUCAAGUGACUUGGAUUCAACCAGCUUGUUUGGCACCGAAUCUGAAAUUACACUUGAUCGCGACAUGACAGACUAUAGCAGCGUUCAAAGGUUGCAGGUGCGUAAGAAACCACAGCGGCGUAAAAAACGAGCUCCAAGCAUGUCACGCACAUCUAGUUAUUCAUCGAUAACCGAUUCGACAAUGUCAUUGAAUAUCAUUACUGUAUCCAUUAACAUGGAGGCGGUUAACUUCCUUGGCAUUUCAAUUGUGGGUCAAUCGAACCGUGGCGGUGAUGGCGGAAUUUAUGUAGGCAGCAUAAUGAAGGGUGGCGCUGUUGCGUUGGAUGGACGCAUUGAACCUGGCGAUAUGAUACUUCAAGUCAAUGAAGUGAACUUUGAAAACAUGACCAAUGAUGAGGCUGUGCGCGUUCUGCGUGAGGUUGUGCAGAAGCCUGGACCCAUUAAAUUGGUGGUCGCCAAAUGCUGGGAUCCGAAUCCAAAAGGUUACUUUACCAUACCGCGGACUGAGCCGGUUCGUCCCAUCGAUCCUGGCGCUUGGGUUGCACACACUCAAGCACUGACUGCACAUGAUAGUAUUAUACCCGAUAUACCAGAGCCGAUUAAGGAACGACUGGAUCAAAAUAAUUUAGAGGAAAUUGUGAAGGCAAUGACAAAACCUGAUAGUGGUUUAGAAAUACGAGAUCGAAUGUGGCUCAAAAUAACCAUACCGAAUGCAUUUAUUGGCGCCGAUGCUGUAAAUUGGGUGCUGGAGAACGUAGAGGAUGUGCAAGAUCGUCGUGAGGCACGUCGCAUUGUAUCGGCAAUGCUGCGCAAUAACUACAUUAAACAUACCGUUAACAAGCUAACAUUCUCUGAACAGUGUUAUUAUGUGGUUAAUGACGAUCGUAAUACCAAUUGUCGUUCCAACAUUAGUCAUGCUGAUACGGAAAGCAUUACCAGCGACAUUGGACCACUGCCGAAUCCACCUAUUUAUAUGCCAUACUCAGCCACCUAUAAUCCCAGUCACGGUUAUCAGCCCAUACAAUAUGGAUUAACAGAGCGACACAUCUCAUCCGGUUCGAGUAGCUCAGAUGUGUUGACGAGCAAGGAUAUAUCAGCAUCGCAAAGCGACAUAACAUCGGUUAUACACCAGACCAACCAAAUGACCAUAGCACAUGGCUCAAAUAAAUCUUCCGGUUCGUCAAAUCGCGGCACCAACGAACAAGAUGCGUCGGUUUUUAAUUACGUAUUGUAGAAAUUGCAAUGAAAUUGUGUUUAUUCUUUUUAUAUACAAGUACAUACACACAUAAUUAUACAUAAAUACAUUACAUGCAUACAUACAUAAUUUUGGAUAAAAUUUGGAGAAUUUAGUAACCACAAUAAUAAUAAAAAUAAAUAAAUACAACAUAACGAUAACCUUAAAAAUACAAAUAAAAGAA